AUGGCUCUUGAAAGACUUGCUGAGCUCGAACGUCCAAUUAAGUGGCUAACUAAUGACCUUGAAAAUUCAACCAAUAAUGAUUAUCAUCGUGAUGGUGUUAAUAUUCGUGACAAGCUAUUAUCAAAUGAAGAAUUUAAAGUUGUAAGAGCUCUUGUUGAACUUUUAUAUCCAUUUGAUAAAGCCACAGAAAUUCUUUCUGGAUCAAAUUAUGCUACAUUAAGUAUAAUGGUUCCAACAAUUGAAGAAUUAGUUUAUCGACUAAAUAAUACAAAUAGUUAUUUCGAUAUUAUAAGUGAGGUAAAAGAAGAAAUUUUAUCUAACCUGUCAAGUCGAUGGUCCCUGCCACAUGAUUAUGGAAUGUAUGCGUCUUUACUUGACCCUCGAUUCAAGAAUCUAUCUUUCUGUUCAAAUGUAAGUAUAUUUGAUAUAUUUGUAAAAAAAAUACACGAUUCAAUGAAAUAA